ACGGCCACCAUUUCCUGUCCAUCCCAGAGCCCGCACCUAGCCACCUGCCCCGGGGCCCAGAGCCCGCCUCUGCCGCCGUCAUGGGUCACCGUGAGAAGGCUCCGAGGAGGCGGCCAGCACCUCCGCACCCGCUGCUGCCCACCCUGCUGCUGCCCCCGCCACACCUCCCUCAUCCGAGACGCCUUCCAGAUGGUCUUGCCGCUGCCCGCCAUGUUGCCCACAGCGGCCUGGCAGGCGCGCUACCACUACCGUCCCAAGUGCGAGGCCGUGGCCAAGAGUCGCGCCGCCCUGGAGCUCCACGCCUCCUUCUAGUGCCUGGCCAGGGCCUGCUCCCUGCACCACCACCACGACAUGGCCCUGGAGCACGUCUUCCGCUUCUUCCUGCUCCGCUCCCAGGAGCACAGCGAGACUGCCGAGAGCCUGAUGUACCUGCAGAACCAGCGUGGAGGCUGCGUCUUCUUCCUGGACACCACGAUGCCCGAGACCCAAGAGCUGGAGAGCGGCCUCCAAGCCAUGCAGGACGCCCUGCACCUGGAGAAGAGAGUCAGCCAGAGCCUGCUCGACCUGCACCACCUGGCCACCGAGAGCAGCGACGCCCACCUGUGCCACUUCCUGGAGACGCGCCACUUGGACCAGCAGCUUGAGUUCAUCAAGGAGCUGGGGGACCAUCUCACCAAUGUGCGCAAGAUGGGGGCGCCAGAAGGUGGUCUGGCAGAGUACGCUUUUGACAAGCUCACCCUGGACACCAGUGACAAGGAGGAACGAGCCUGGACUGGACUUUCCCCCGAGUCCCGGGUGACUGCCAAGGUCACCCUGCCUGCCAUGCAGACCACAGUAUUUCCCUUGCAGAAAAAGUUCACCUAGUUUUUUUCUUGCAGUUUUACCAGUUCUUCACAUAAAGUUAUUUGGAUCCUCAAUAAAUAAAGGUCUCUCUGUUUGAUUUUUGUGUGCAGCUCUCUCAUCUUUUAAACUUUAAAACAAGUAUCCAGGAAUCUUUCUCAGCUACCCAGGUCUGGUCCAUAUAUAGCUCAGGAUCUCUGCAGAGGGA